AUGUCCAAUGGAUUGAGGGAUUAUGAUAUCGAGAGGUUGACCGCUCAGUUGGAGAAUUCGCGAUUUUAUCCGCAGCAAAGAUUGCUUCCCCGGUCGACCAACCGCAACUGGCAGCGCAGUUUUGACAUUGCGGUUCCCAAACCGAGCAUUGUUCGUCGCGUGCGUGAAUUUGUUCGACAGGAGAACCGUCGGCACCGUCACCAUGUCCUAUCGGUGGACGAGCUGGUGCGAGAUCUCAGAACAAAGCAGCGGCACCUGGAAGACGCGCUGGCGUAUGACUCCGCAGAAAUGAUUAACAGGGUGUACCAAAAACCGCUUCUUUGCGAGUUAGUCGGCGGUGACCCAGUUAAUAAAGAAACAUCGGAUCCCAAGUGGGAAAUUCAUCCAAAUCCGGCGUCUGCGCGAAACGUCCAAAAUAAUCAAAUUGCAGAGGAGCGUGUACCAGAGAAGGUUGACGAAAUCGCCCCACCCUUGACGGCACGAACGGGACGUCGCCAGCCAAUGGCCGGGGGAGACACGAAUGUCGACAUUGUCAGCCGGAAGUCGUAUAGUCGCAACGGAGAGAUGCUCCAAUCGCCACAUCGAACCAGUAGCGGACCACCAAACCUGCUGGAGUCGGCUCGCAAUCAGUACAGUCCGUUUGACCGUGAAGAGGAAGAACACUACCGCCCGCGGUCGACACGUAAAAACGCAACCCGCACGCACCCCCAGAAGCAUUCGCAAAGACCUCCGGACAUUAGUCUUCGUUAUAACAAUUCUGACAACUAUCGAAUUCGAGCCCAUCCUGAUUUGUUGAGUCCAGCCAUAAAGAAACAGCCAUUACAAGCCAACACAAGCGUGCGGGCAGUUGACAAAGCCGGCGACGGCGACACGUUUCUGUUAUCUUCUCAUCGGCAGAAAGAUAUACGUAGACGAGACCUGGGCGAUAUUAUUUCCGUUGACGAUAUAUCUACCAGUUCGGAUUCUUCCUCUGAUACGGAAGAUGUUGUUCUCCGUAAAUGUGAUAUGGAUAAUGCGAAAAGAUCUGCGCAGAGGCCGCCGCGACUGACCCGAUCUGCGUUGCCCACUUUCAAACCGACGGUUUCAAAGGUCAAACGCAAAGAAAGUGCUUAUACUACCGGAUGCUCAGAGAUUUCAACAGAGACGGACCAAGCUUAUUACACGUUUUCACGAGACUCGCACACCACUUCGCGAAUGCAGAAAAGUUCUAUUUCAAAAGGUCAUGGUACGAUGGCGGAGCGACGCUGGCACAACAAGAGGAAGCAUAAAUAUUCAAGUGCGUCGUCAGCUACUUCUAACGAACGUACUUCUCGCUAUGUCGAACAAUUUGAUCCCAGUACGGAAUUUGAUGGUCUUUCUGGUAGUUUUCUUUGACGGCAAUAAUCUUUUGGUACAGUAUUUUGCACAUAUUUUCAUGUUUCUUUUGAACUGUUAAGGUCGUUGAUGCUCUUACAUGAGUACAACUACUGUAAUCUGCAACUGCCAAGAUCAGUUCAAGUUGGAAUCGGUAUACAGCUGGCGUGUAGCCAGCAGUUGUUGCAACAUCUUUUGUAAAAAAUGGAUAAAUUAAGAAGCAAAACACGCGUGAUCGUUAUCAAGAGUUU